ACUUGGACGGGAACGGACGAGAAAUUGCCAGAACUUUUAUUGCAAAGCAAGUCUAUAGGGGCGACUCAGUAUCGCGUUCAUGGACUUGUCACCCGAAUGCCUUGGUGCUUUGAAAUAUCCUGCUUUUGGGAGAGCGUGAAGAAACCUUCUCUCGUAAAAUAUUUAGAGUUUCGAUUACACGAAGGUGAUAUCAAUAAUUUAGAAACAGAACACCAUAGUUACAUAAUGGAACUAAAUACUAUCGCAAAACACUGUGCUGAAUCACCCGAAAUCGUGCAGAAAAUAGAUAAAAGCUCUGAAGAAGUAAAUCUUUUCUGGAAUUUACACCAAAAUAUUCACACUGAGAUCAAGUUAUACGAGAAAAAGGCACAUCUACAUCGAAGCAAACUAAACGAUCUGAAAGAUCAAAUCAGUAUCAAACAGACGCAACAUAUAUUGGAUGCAACAAAAGAAACACUGUCCCAAAAUCUCACAUUACAAAGAACAAUCAUUAAACAACACUUGUUGGGUAAGACGGAUGUAUCACCUAUUGAGAAUUCGGAACCUGUAACUGGACAAAAACGAUCUUACGAGGAAGAAUUACCUUCAACACCACCAAAUAAGAGUGAUGUACAAAACGUUGAGGACGAAGGUCUAGUCGUGAAAAGCACAGCGGAUGGGAAGGGAUCUAGGUGA